AUGAAUAAGGUGGUUGAAGGGGAUCAAUUCUUCCAACAACGUCGGAGUGCAGCUGGAAAGCUUGGUAUAUCACCGAUGCAGAAAUGCACCGCUGCAAUAAGAAUGUUAGCGUAUGGCGUAGACCCCGAUGUCGUGGAUGAAUAUCUACGUAUCGACCAAACAACCUCACGGAAUGCAUUGCAACAUUUUUGUCAGGGGGUUAUAUCACAAUUUGAAAGUGAAUAUCUACGUAAACCUACAGAUGAAGAUUUAAGGAGAAUCCUUCAUCAAAAUGAAUUGUGUGGGUUUCCAGGCAUGAUUGGUAGUAUAGACUGCAUGCAUUGGGAGUGGAAGAAUUGUCCUACGGCUUGGAAAGCACAAUAUGCUGGUCGUAGCAAGACUGCAACCCUCAUUCUUGAAGCCGUUGCUGAUCAGGAUUUAUGGAUUUGGCAUGCGUUCUUUGGAAUGCCUGGCUCAUGUAAUGAUCUUAAUGUCCUUUACCGUUCACCGGUGUUUGAUGAUGUUUUACAAGGUCGUGCACCACCAAUAAAUUUUUGGGUAAACGAACAUCAAUAUGAGUUGGCCUACUACUUGGCAGAUGGAAUUUAUCCGAAAUGGCCAACUUUUAUACAAGGUAUUACACAUCCUCAAGUUCAAAAAGACAAGUUGUUUACUGGUCAACAAGCAGCAGUUCGGAAAGACGUUGAACGGGCUUUCGGAGUUUUACAAGCUAGGUUUGCUAUACUACGACAACCUGCACUAGCCUUCGACAAAGAUAUUCUUUGUGACAUUAUGAAAUCCUGUAUAAUAAUGCACAACAUGAUCGUCGAGGAUGAACGACACAACUACACACGGGAAGAUGUUUUGAGACGAUACUACGAAGAAGAUCGACCACAAUGUACAGCAGCGCGGGCGGGACCGAGCACAAGUGCCACGGUGAAUAACAACGAGCCAUUUGAAUUCAACGUCGGGCGGCCACCCAACAUUGAUUUCAACGCGUAUUUUCAGAGGAGGAUUGCCCUUCGUGAUAGAGAAAUUCAUUCGUCUCUCAAACAAGAUUUAGUAGAACACAUGUGGCAGAACUUUCGUCAUAAUACAACCGAAUAA